AUGCAAUUGGGACAUCGCGGCCCGCCAGUGGAGCAGCGCGGAGAUCCGCGACGGUCGUUGCCCCCCGCGUCUGUGCUGCGGACAAAUCACUUCGCGGAUUUGGCGCUCCCACCGCCCAGCACUCAGGGCUGCUGCGCCUCGACCCAAUUUCAAAGCCGGCAUUAUAUUACAGCCGUAAAUAUUAACACGAACGCUGUACGUUGCUCGCUUUCAACGGUGGAUCUGAUCAUUCCGGUAUCGCCACGUUUGUUCCCGAAAGAUAGUUUCCGAUGGCCGUACGCAACCGUUAUCCGUGAUAGCAUCAAGAACUGUGUCAAUUCGUCCGUUGGACGUCUACAUCGUGCCGGUGACAGCCCUGUUAAUGGAGCAAUUGCUUACAGAGAGCGGUGCGGUCAAUGUACCGCGCGUCACGCGACGGCGCUCGCUCUAAUGCGCUUAGAUUACUGCCUACUCCUCGCCCAGCGCGCCCUGACCUCCGAUCCUGCGAACGGGCACACCGCUGGGGCCUCGCGUCUUACGCACGCGGGAUGGGGAGCGGCUCAGGGUAUACCGGCCGCGGGCUGUUGCGAGAACUAUUCGCUGAGGUUUCGUACAUGGCGUACA